CACUAAUGCACAGUAUUAAUAGGAUUGUAGGGAGUGAUUUAGUCCUCUGAAGCUUCAUUCACAUGUCUAGUCACAGUCAGGUAUUAGUGUCUCGCAGACGGACAUGAAGGAUCCACAACUCCCAGGCAUUAAAGCACGGCUAUGGCCCAAGCAGAAAAUAAGCAAAAAGUCCAAAGAUGAAUCCCCAAAAGUGGCAAAAUCUCCUUCUCCCGUCCGGCAAGUCAUCUCCCAGCUGACCGAAGCCGAGAAAAUGAGGCAGACGCCGUUUGAGAGGGUCGUCUAUGACAUGACCCACAACGAGAAGAUUGUGAAUGACCUUAUGCUCGGACGAAGGGUUGGCUUUUAUGAGCUGCGUGGAGAAAUUGGCCAGGGCAACUUCUCCUAUGUGAAACUGGGCAUCCACGCCUUGACGAAAGAGAGAGUCGCCGUCAAGAUCAUGGACAAGAUGCGGCUGGAUAAGAAGAACCCGUCUUUGGCUUCGUCUGAGAUCAGCUGCAUGGAGAAGCUGAGCCACCCCAACGUAGUGCGUCUGUACGAGGUGAUCGAGACCAGCCGGCGGCUGUACCUGGUGAUGGAGUACGGCAGCGGCGGGGACCUCUUCUCGCGGAUCACCACCAGGGGGAAGCUCAACGACCUGGAAGCCAAGCUGGUCUUUGCACAAAUCAUCUCUGCUGUUAAGCACAUGCAUGAAAAAAACCUCGUGCACAGAGAUCUCAAGGCAGAGAACAUCUUCUACACCACCUGUUACUGCAUCAAGGUUGGGGACUUUGGCUUCAGCACAGAAACUGGACCGGAUGAGCUCCUGACCAGCUUCUGUGGCUCUCCUCCCUACGCCGCCCCUGAGCUUUUCAAGCAGAAGGGUUAUAUCGGACGCUUCUCGGACAUCUGGGCUUUGGGGAUCCUCUUGUACUUCAUGGUGACGGCCACUCUACCCUUCUACGGGGACAACCUGGGCAGGCUGAAGCGCUGCAUCCUGCAGGGGGCCUACAGCAUCCCCGCCUACGUGCCUGACCCCUGCCAGCUGGUCAUUAAGGGCAUGCUGCGGAUGGUGCCCGCUGACCGCUCCUCCGUCGCCCAGAUCACGGACAGCGCUUGGCUGAAGGGCGUGGACUACCCCCGCCCGUACUCCCUCCUGCCUCUGUCCCCGGCCCACUUCGCCCAGCCGGGCCUGGCCCUGAGCGCGGAGGAGCAGGAGGUGAAGAACCUGCUGUCCACUCUGGGCGUGGUGACCGUUCACCUCCAGAACAACUCCUGCUCGGGCUGCCAGAGCCCGCUGACGGGGACCUACCGGAUCCUGCUCCACCGGGUGCAGAAGAAGAGGUCGGUGGAGGCCGUGGGGUAUUCGGCGCUGCAUCCCGACGAGUACGGGAGUCCGGGGAAAUGGUCUGAGGGCAAACGCCUGCCCUCCGCUGUCUGCUCGAUACUAUGAGAACAGACCUGUGGACAAUUGUGUGCCUGUUGGCUUGCCAACACUCAUCCGGCUUCUUCAGACUCCCUCAAUCCAAGCAGGAGUCCUUCACACGUGGAUCGAAGCGAGGAACACACGGAGGAUGAGACCCUGAGUAAUAAGCUAUAUCUUUUCUGUUAUGAUUACGUCACCCUCAGCGAGCUUACUGACGCAGAACAUUAAUCAAUCUCUGGAUGGCUCCCAGCGUCUGUCAAUCCUGCUUAGUCGGAACACAAAGCUUCAGAGGAAAUCCGAGGCCGCGGGGACUCUCGAGGGAACACACUGAAAACGGGCUCAAUCCAACAAAAAUGACAGAACGGCCAAAGGAAUAAGUGGGAAGAAAGGAAGAAUUUUAAGCACAGCUAAUUAAGACCAGAUCAAACCUGAUCAAAUUCUGCAGACACUUGACAGUAUUUAUGUGAGUUUGACCCAUAACUCAGUGCCUGAAGUCUCUUCGUUUGAUCCGGGUGUUCGGACGUUAAAUUCCUUUCGUUUGGCCGUGGUGGUUUGAAGUACACAACAUUGUGUUACAAUAACAGAAACAUCUGGGACACACCCAUAAUUCUAAGCUUUGCACAGCUCUCAUUUUGUGACUGUAUAAUGAAUUUUGUGCUUUUUGUUGCUUUGUUUUUCGGUCAUUGUUGUGAUAAAUGCUUUACAAAUACUGGCUUGGACUUUUCGCCGUUCUAUAUUUAUAGGACUUUGGUUCUGACUCUGGUCAGAUUCAUUAAUCAAAAAUGCUUUCUUCCCUUACAUAGAAGGUUAUUUGGAAAUCUCUCCUUUUUGCAGGAGGCAGGUGAUUAAGCAAUACUUUUUUACCCUCACUUUUGCUUCUUUUAAAACUUGAGACAGUAAUUGUUUGACAAAGUAAUUUGUUUAAGUCAAAUAUUUAAGCAUUUACUUAAGACAGUGCAGAUAAAUAAAGCUUUUUUUCUUGAACCAGUUCUCGGAAACGGAUUUUGGACUCAUUUCAAACACUUUCAGUUAACCUGCUGUGGAUGAAAAAGUUUAUUUAUGAGCUCUGCUCUUCAUUUGAGAUUUCCUUCCAAAUAUGAGGUAACACUUUGAGCACUUUCUCCAUCUGAUGUUCUGUCUCAGGAAUUCGCCAGUGUCUUUGAACCCGACACCCCCCUCUUCCUGUUCCCGUCAACCCAAAAGUCGUGUAUGUCCUGCCAACGUGUGCAUGUACCAACUCUGUCACCGUACCAACUGUUGCACAUUUCGUAACUAAAGGUCUGAAGCCCUCAGUUCGCUGCUUGCUCGAACAGGGUUGUUUACACAGUGAGUUGGAUGGUGCCAACUUUGAUAUUAUCGGUCCAAGCAAGUGCUGAGGAGGAGUGCUGACUUGCCGUUUAUUUUGGGAGAGUGUUCUUGUUCAAUUUUCUUAAAAGUUGAGAACUAAUCAGCAAAGACUUCUCGUUGCUGUCUCUGAGAGUGUAAUCAAUCAUUUUGUCUCUAUCUGUGAAUGGAAAAGUGAAAGACCUCAGCAUCUGUAUGGAGCUCCUGUUUGUGUGUGGUGGUGCAUUGAGUUCCAUAAAGAGGCAUUUAGUCAACAAUCAACAAUCAAAACUGACACAUCUAUUAGAUUUGCUGGUGAUUUAAGCAACAAAUGUCUAAAUCUUCACACUAUUGUAAGUUAAGGAUUCAGCACGACCUUUUUUGAUCCCAUUCAAACGUCUUGACCGUAGUUUUCAGAAAAGCAAAUAAAUGGAAAAUUCCAUUUCUAAUCUGUUCCUUUUGUCUUUUAACUCUUUUUUUAUUAAACAAACACAAUGCUUCGCUUUCUUUCCCACUUCCCUGAACUUCAGGGAUUAUCUUUUAGAGCCAAGAGAUAAACUGAGCAACUGAACGAAUACUUGUUUAUAAUUGCGUUUGGCAGUGAAAGGGCUCCCUUAAGCAACAGAUGACAGGAAUCAGUCAGGCUCAUAAAAGCAAAGCGAGGUGAUUGUGAAACAAGAUUUGCUUUGUCGUUUAUAGACAAUUUCCUUUUGGGUGAAAGGGAGUACAAUACGUUGAGAGGCUGUGUGAAAGAAAACAGUAUGUGCGUCAUGUCAAGUUGUGUCCUCUAAUCCACCCCAUUUGCAACCUUCAUUUAAUCUGAAAAAGUUAUGUUCGAUGAAAUGUUAUUAAAUGUAUCUAAGCUUUUAAAAUCCAAAAGCUCAAUUCUAUUUUUUUUCAUCUGAAAUAUAACUCCU